AUGUGCCAUCCUAACUUCAUUGCAGUGCUCAACAUGAUCCUGUCCAAGCCAGCCUCAGUGAUCAGGAUCUCCUGCCUUCAAGGAUGGCAUCGCACAGGAGUAGUCACUGCAGUGCUUUGGGCAAUCUUGCAUGCUGCUGGCGUCCAGGUCCUCAUCAUCAUGGAAAAGCUCUCUUGGGAUGUCAGUUCGGACUGUUGGUUCGCGAAGCAGUUCUUGUCUGUAGAGAUGGAUUGGAGGUAUGCUCAUGGGAGGAUCAUGCGCAAUCAUGGCAUGACCUCUGACCAGUGGAUUGCAGUGGCCAAUCGAACUGCUGAGACAUUGUUUGAAUUCUUACUAGCAGGUGAACGAUGGACGAACAAUUUGAGAACGUUUUUCUGCAUGGAAUUUUCAAGAUCUCAUUUAGGACGUUGGAAUUCUACGAAAUGA